UGGCCAUAUACGAUCUCGCUCGGUGCUGCUUAAAAGCCAACACUGGGCAAAGAAGCGCCAACUUCACUCUGCCUUGCCGCAUUCACCAUGUCCUCGGCUUUCAAGCUCUUCCAACCCGUCAAAGUCGGCGACGUUACACUCGAACACCGUGUCGUGCUCGCGCCUCUCACGAGAUUCCGUGUUUCUGACCGUGGGCAUGUCCCGCUGCCCAAUGUGAAGGGGUACUACGCGCAGCGCGCGAGCGAGCCUGGCACGCUGCUAAUCUCAGAGGCGGUCUUCGUCUCGCCGCAGGCCGGCGGCUAUCAGCACGUCCCCGGUAUAUGGAGCGAUGAGCAAAUCAAGGCAUGGAAAGAGGUUGCGGAUCGCGUGCACGCGCAAGGCUCUUUCAUCUACAUGCAGAUAUGGGCAGUCGGUCGUGCCGCGCAGGCCGUUCAGCUGAAGGAAGAAGACCCCUCCUUUGACUACGUCUCUUCGUCUGAUGUCAAGCUGACCGGCCGUGACGAGACGCCGCGUCCGCUGACUAUGCCCGAGAUAAAGCAGUAUGCGCAGUGGUUCGCGACUGGUGCGCGCAAUGCUGUCGAGCGGGCGGGCUUCGACGGCGUUGAGAUUCACGGCGCGCACGGGUACCUCAUCGACCAGUUCUUCCAAGACACGGCGAACAAAAGGACGGAUGAGUAUGGUGGGAGUGUCGAGAAUCGUGCACGAUUCGGUUUGGAGGUCGUCGAUGCCGUCGUCAAAGCUGUGGGCCCGCAGAAGGUUGGCAUACGCCUCAGUCCUUGGAGUGCCUUUCAGGACAUGCGCAUGGCCGACCCGAUACCGCAAUUCUCAUACUUCGUCAAGGAGCUCAAGAGUCGGCACCCCGAAUUUGCGUACAUCCACGUCGUGGAGCCUCGUGUGCAUGGACCCGAGACGGUCAAUGAGAAGGACAUCGAAGCGCGCGAGCAGAAUAACUUCCUGCGCGAGAUCUGGAGCCCGAGGCCCUACAUUUCUGCAGGAGCGUACACGCGGGACCUUGCACUGAAGACUGCUGAAGAGAAGGGCGAUCUGAUCGCUUUCGGGAGAUACUACAUAUCCAAUCCUGACCUCCCGCGUCGCUUGAGGGAGGAUAUUCCCUUUACGCAGUACAACCGUGACACGUUCUAUCUCGCUGGCGAUGCCAGUCCGACUGGAUACACCGAUUAUCCUUUCGCAGCGAAGAACUAGUAGUUCACGGAUGACGCCUUCACAUGUGUAUAGAUUUUGGAAAUCACGACAUGCACGAAGUACUGAG